GCGAUAGCGCUGAGGUGCUGACUCGAAGGCACAAAUCGUGGGCACAAAUGCCAAAACGUAUUCCUUGGAAGCCCGCUCGGGGGCCGUUAGGUAGAACCAAUAAUAGGUAGAACUUCAUAAUGGAGGAAAGUGUCAGCAAGGAUAAGGGAGCGGCGCUGCAGCGUUUCCUCAGUCGGAACCGAGCGAAGUCGGCUAGAAGAGAGCAGCGCGACGGCCCUGCUAGCCCGGCCCUGCGAUGGGCGGACGCAGAUGUGGACAGGUCGACGCCCGGAGGCUCGCCCUCGCCAACGCGAGGCGACGGUCGGCCGGAGUCCGCCUAUGGAGCCCACCAGCUGCACACGGUGCAGUCCAUGGCUGCGAGCAACUACGGCAAGCUCUCCGACCUGGAUGAGCACAUCCGAGGGGCGCUGGAGAGCCAUGACACGCACCGGGACCUGCUGGCAGAGACUAUGGCUCGUAUGGCCAAGCACAACGACCGCCUGAAGUGGGAGUCGCAGCGGCUGCAGGGAGAUGUGCGAGAUAAGGCGGCCAAGACCAUCCAGGUGUGGUGGCGGCUGUACUACCAUCGUCUGAAGGAGCAGCGGAAGAUUGAGAAGCGGCUGAAAAGCACGUGGAUGCAGUCUGUUCGUCGCAUGACCCUACCCCCUGCACCGCCGGAGCGGCCCGAGUUUGAGGACGACGAUGGCAAUGCGCGCGGCGACGGCGAGGGUGAUGGAGGAAAGAAGAAAGGGAAGAAGGAUAAGGGUAAGGCCGGCGAGCAUGCCGAUGACGAAGCCGAGCGGGUUGGCGCCGACGGCAAAAAGAAGAAGAGCAAGAGCAAGAAAGGCAAGGGCAGCAAGUCUGGGGAGAUGGGCGCCGACGGCGCCAACGGCGAUGAGGGAGGCGAGGGUGCCGAUGGUACCAAUGGCAUUGGGGCAGAGGGUGAUUCCGGUGCUGACGGCAAGAAGAAAAGGAAGGCGAAAAAGGCAAAACGGAGCGGCGGCGCUGAGGGGAAUGAGGAGCACGUGUCUGAGGAGGAUGGCGGCAAGAAAAAGAAAAAAGGCAAGAAGAGGAAGCAGGCAGGGGAUGGCGGCGAUGGGCACGUUGAGGGCGACGAGCACAGUAGCAGCGACAGCAGCAGCAGCAGCAGCAGCAGCGGCAGCAGCAGCAGCAGCAGCAGCAGCAGCAGCGGCGGCGACAGCAGCGGCAGCAGCAGCGGCGGCGGCAGCAGUGACAGCUCCGAACCAGAAGCAGAGCGAGGCGAAAGCAAGGCUGCCAAGAGGCUGCCAAAGGCUGCCAAGAGCAAGGCCGGUGACGUGCCUGCAGUCGGUCUGGACGCCCUGUCUCAUUCGGUAGCUGUGGCGAGUGGCAGCGGGCGCGCAAGGGCGACGUCGAGGUCCGCAUCGGCUCGGUCUGCCCGCAGUGGCACGAGUGAGGUGCUGGAGGGCGAUGUGGCGGGCGGCAGCCUUCGCGGCACGCUACAGGCGCAGCCGUCGAUGCGCAGAGGCGGAGCCUAUAACCCCCGCGACGCCAUCGCCGCCGCGGCGGCGGCAUCCGCUGCCGCUGCUGCGCGCCGUGGCGGCCAGGGCACUGGCACGCGGCCACUCGGCGACGCCGGCGGCUUUGAGGGCGCUGACGCGAGCUCCCCGGCGCUGCUGCCCUUCCAGGGCGACGCCCGCAACAUCGCCUCAACGCUGCGCGUCGUGGACCCUCUCACGGGUGCCGUCCUCAGCGGCGCUGCACCCAUAGCCGGCGGCGCCAGCGCCGGCGGCUACGAGCCGCGCACGCGCACGGUCAGCACCAGCGACCUCCUGACGGCAGCGGCGGACUCCCCACUGUCGCGGACCCGCACCCUGUCCCACCACGAAACAACCUGUGGUGGCGAGCAUGGCCCUGCGGCAGCGGCGGGGGCUGGUGGUGCCGGCGGCGGCGGCUCGCCGGUGCGGCAGGGCGGCAGUCCCAUCCGCCGUGCCAAGUCGUUCUACGGGACCACGCUGCCCGCUGGGGUGGAGAGCUACCUUGCGCGCUCACCCCGCGGGCAACCCAGCUCCGGCGGCGUGUACGGCCCCAGUGCAGACGGCGGCGGCGACGGCGGCAGGCUGGCCGACGCGGCUGCUGCGGUGCAGCUGCAGUCGGGCACAUCUCGCAGCUUUGGCGACGACAGCUCGCGGCGGGUGCUGCAGCUGGUGGGGGAGGCGGGGGGCGCGUCGGGCGAGGUGCGGACGCCGCUGAGGAAGGCCAUCACGUUCCACGUGGCGGGGUUGCUGCCCGAAGACGCGGGGACCGAGGGCGCUGGCCAUGCCGACGGUAGUGCGGACUCGGGGGCUGCGGCGGCGGUUGUGGCCCGUGAGGCGAUGGCGCAUGACACCUCGCAGUUGCCCCGCUCUGCAGCGGCAGUUGCGGGUGCAGGUUCUGGUCUGGGCGUGUCUGCGUUCGCGCCUGCAGCCAGCCUCCCGGCGGUCGGGUCUCUGGAUGCCAGUGCGGGCGCCACCAGCCCGGCAGCAGGUGGUGCGGCGGACGCCUUCCCAGAGCCAGCGCUGCUGGUGCCGCGGCCAGCCAGCACGUCCGCGCCGCAGCUCACAUUCGCCGACGAUGACCUGGAGCUGCCGUCACACAGCGGCCGCGCUGGCGUGGCGGCGGCGGUUGGGAACGCGGCAGCGGCUGCCGGCGAGCAGGGCUCCUCGUUGAGCCUGGCACGCAGCAGGCGGGACAGCCCACCGCGCGGCAGCAGCACCCGCACCGCACCCUGCUCACCACAGCGGGAGCCGUCCGCUGCCGCUCUAUCAGCAGCCAUGCAGAUCGAGGCUACCGCAGGCUCACUCACAACAACCGGCGUCGCACCAUCCGCCGCCGCCGCGAAUGCCACCGUGGGAUCUCCAUACGCGUCCCCUUUCACGUCAUACGGCUUCGGCGCGCCGUCGCAGCCCGGCGGUGACGUGGUGAGCGUGCUACGGGUGACGAGCCUGGGUGCGAAGUCGGGCCUCGUGUUGCCCUCGCAGAGCGCCCGCGGCAACGCCUCACCGCUUCGACGCCAGGGCCAGUCGUUGCACUCCUCCCUGGCAUCACCGCUACUGGGCACAGGCGGCUCGCCUGCGCGCAGCCAGCCGGGGCAGCGGGCGGCUCUGGCGGCCGAGGCGUCCGCCAGUUGCACCAGCGGCGCGCUGCGGCGAGGAGAGGCCGUGGCGGGAGGGCCCCAUUUGGAUAGGGAGGCGGGCUUGAAUGGGCAGCGAGCGGAGACCGCAGCGCCAAGCGAGCAGGGGUAUGGCGGCGGCGGCGGCGGCGGUGAGGAGCAGUGGGAGGCAGAGGGCAAGGGAGAGGGCGGCGUCAACUAUGCGAAGGAGGGCGGUGAGGGAGCGCUUCUGGCGGAGGCCUCCGCACGGUCAGUCGGCGCAGCUGAUGGCGACGAAAACGGCUGCGGCGGGGCCGGGCUGCAUGCGGGCGGCGAGCCGAGCUCCAUGUCUCUGAAAUCGCAGAAGAGCACGGGGCUGCUCAUGGGUCAGAGGGGCACUGUCGCUGUGUCGACAGCUAUGGCCGGAAAGUCAUGGCGCUCAGGCGCCGACGCUCUCCGCAGCGUAUUCACAACGGCUCAGGUGGACCCGGACGUGCUCAUACAGCGAGCCAUGACGCCGCCGCGCGGCGUUCGCGGCGUCCCCGUAGCGAGCGCCCAUCACAGCCACCAGCACCACAGCCACCAUAACCAGCAGCACCAGCACCAGCACGGCUCGGCCGCUGCCGCGGCCUCCGAGCUGUACCCUCGCAGCAACCUUGCGCAGCACCUUAACCAGCUGCUGCACCACCCCACCAAGUCAUUGCAGCAGAAGUUGACGGGCGCUGCCCGCCCUACACAUGGCCACACCAGCCCCCCGGGCCGCGGGCCGCUCCAGCCGCAACACCAGCAGCCAGCGGCGGGAGGCCGCAGCUAUCGUAGGUCAAGCAGCCCCAACCGCGGUGCGGACGCGCCUGCGGCGGUGUACUACGGACAUUACGCGUCUCCUGGAGCAGCUGCUGGCACUGGUGCAACAGCGGAAGCAGACGCAGCUGUCUCGGGACCCGCGGUUGAGCCGCACCACGUGGUGGUAACAGCAACCGCUGCAGCAAAUGCCGCUGGAGCGGACGCAGUUGCGGCUGUGGCUUUGCAGUCUUGCCUUGCUGUCGACGAUGUGGCGGUGCACGGCCCGCAGCACGCAGUGGCGGGCAUGGGCGAGGUUCAGGGCGUGGCUGGGGACGGCGGGCAGCUGGCAGAGGGGGGAUCUGCGGCACCUCCGCGGAAGCCGCCCGACCACGUGCAAGCUGGGGCUGCAGUGCUGCUGCCCCCGGGCUCAGCGUCGACCCCGGGGACAGCUGUGUCCAUUGGCGAUGGUAUGGCGCUGGGUGUGAUGAGGCAGCCCGAGCCCACCUCCAGUGGUCUGAGCUUCAUGGAGGUGGCGGGCGGGGUGGAGGCGGGCCAGGACGCGGCAGACCUGGUGGCCUCAGCAGCGCAGGGGCUGGCCUCAGUGGCGGAGGCUGCCAGGGAUCCAGCGGACGGGUUCAUGGCGUUGCAGCCAGUAGGCGCAAGGGUGCAGCCGCUGCUUCCACGACUGGACAGCGGCCGCGGCUCGCCGUACACAGACGCCAACGCAGCCGCGGCCGCAGCUGGGGCGGGCGGAGGCGGAGGCAGCCGGCCAGCGUCCGCGGGGCUGAGCCUGCCGGCGCUGACACAAGGGGCCUCGGGCGCGGCUGGCGGCGCGGUGUCGGGUGAAUCUUCCACGGUGUCCUCGCCUGUGCGGGUGUCGCAGCUGCAGCUGCCGGGCCGCGUGCAGCCCUUAUUUCCGGCUCCACAGCACGCCGAGGGCGCGUCAGAGGCGCUCCCGGCGCAUGCUGCUGGCACCGCACCGCUCAGCCGCCACCCGCCGGGUUGGGCUGCGGGGCCUGCAACCGCAGAGGUUGACUCCGCCUCGCUGUCUGCGCCGCCACAACUUCUUAGCAAAGCCGUGUCGUAUGGCUACGGCCUGAGGCAGCAGCAGCAGCAGGGAGGCGGAAGUCCGCUGCCAGGUCUGCCCGCCGCCAGCCCCAGCGGCCGGUCUCGCCUGACCAGCGCGCGCCUGGCGCCGCUGGCUACUGGCGUCGGGGGCUCACCAUCCGCAUCUCCCUCUCCAUCUCCGUCGGGCGCUGCUGCCGCCGCGCAGCGCCAGGGUCGCCCCCCGCACCGGCUCCCAGCACCGCACCACCACCCCGACGACGCUGCACACGGACUGGUCAAGCGCUCGCACACGCAAGCGCUCAGCACGUCAGCGGAGCAUGAGGAAGUUGACGGCGCUGCAGAGGGCGGCUUCGCUUCGGCCCCGGGCUCGCCGGCGGCGUACUCUGCUGCUGCCCGCUCCCACGCUACCCUGGGCGCGCACCUGGCGUCCCCCACGUAUUGGUCAUCGGCGCAGACGCACCACUCGCACCACGGCACGGGGCAGCACGGCCACCAGCACCAGGCGGCAGCUGCAGCAGCAACCUCGGAGACGGACUCGCCCAGUCAGCAACACCAGCCGCGGCGGACAGCGGACCUGGGCCACAGCUCAGGCGUGGGCGCCAAUGCCGACACCGAAGCUGCCGCCGCGCUGCUGCCGCCGCCGCAUGUCUUGGGGGUCGCUGCGCCCAAGACGCAGGCGGCGGCCUUGGCCCGGGGCCAGGGCUACGUCGUGGGCCCCCACAACGUCAUGUCGGCUGUUCGCGCCUCCAUGUACGAUGACCUGCUCGGGGCGGGCGGGGCGGGAGCGGGCCUGGGCGCGGGCUCGUGGUUGACGCGCUACGCUGCGCCCGUGGACCCCGCGCUGAACCAGCCGCCCUCGCCGCGCCACCACCACCACCCGCACGGCUACCAAUACACUGGUGGCCACGGCGCAGCGGACCACCACUUCCAUGCCCAGCCUCCAGGCGCUGGCGCGGGCGCUUGUGAGGCAUUAGCGGACCAGUCGCUGCUGCUGCAGGAAGACCCCACGUCGCCGCCCAUGCACCGGCGCGGACCGCCGGACCCGGGACAGGAGCCGGCGUCCAUGCAGGCCGCCUCGCCCACCAAGCCGCUACUGCUGCACCAGCUCCCGUACCCGCACCCGCAGGGUCAGGAGCAGCAGCUUCCGCGGAGGAGCUUUGAGCGCUCGCUCCCGCCGGCGGUUAUGUCGGCUUGGCCGGCGUCCCCAGGCCAGCCCCGCAUGCCGGGCUUCUCAAUCACCGACGACGGCGAUGGCGCCUACGGCAGCCGCUCGGAGCAGCAGUUCGAUUGGGGCUAUGGACCCGGGCAGGACAGCUAUGCAUAUGAAGAGUAUGAGGAGGACGAGGGGCAGGCCGCAUCACCGCAGCGCGGUGCUGGUAGCCGGUACGGCGGCAGCGGCAGCAUGGCAGGCGUCGGCGGUGGCACUGGCGCCUUCGGCGGCAGCGGGGGCCUGCCUCAGGUUCCGCCGCCGCCCAGACUCAUGACCCGUCUGGUGGUGAAGCGGCCGGCACCGGUGCUACGGUUGCCGGUCGUGGCCGCGUCGCAGGCGGCGGCCCUGCAGCAGUCGCUCGCGGACCGGUAUGGGCCGAUCUCUACCAGCGGCGUAGGCGGCCCGGGACUGGGACUGGGUGCGCCGGAGCUUUCAACCGCUAGCCUGCCCGCCGCUGCGUUCCACACCUCCAUGACCGCCUCGUGCGACGGCGUGCUGCGCGACCGCGUGGCGCCAUCCAAGAUCCGCACCUACAGCCCCGGGCCGUUCAUGAUGACGUCAGGCUCGCCGCCGGGGCUGCCCUCGCCCGUGGGCGGCGCCGGCGGUGCUGGUGCUGGCGCUGGCGGAGGGCCUGGCGGGCCGCUGUCUGCAGAGCCGUCGCGGCUGGCUGCUUCGGCCUCGGCAGCGCUGCUGGGUAUGGAGGCGUCUGGGUACUCCACCGUCAGUAGCUUGGGGCUUGGGGCCACGGUGCCGCUGCCGCCGGGCGCCGGCAGCAAGGCCGCGCUCAAGGAGUGGCGCGCGCUGGAGAAGUGGUGGGCGGCCAAGGGCCUGGACGGCGCAGUGGUGCAAUUUAACAAGCAGGCGGUGCCGCACAAGCGGUCCGCGUAUUUGUAGGCGCCACCCAUGGAAUUCAGGACAUGAGCACUUGGUGGUGACGGUGUCGGAGGUGCGGCGGAUGAUAUAACAUAGACGCGCGGGCACGCCCUGACGAUACAGCGAUGUGACUGAGCUAUUGCACUGCGCUACAUGCCUGAACUUGUCAGUACGGCAGGGUACCGCCUGCUACGUUGGUUGACUUAAUGCAUGAGCAAGCUGCAUGAGACUACCGUAAAUCCGUAAUGUGGUGCAAUCGAGGAGAGGCGGACUAAUAACAACUGUCGCUUGGACGCGCAGGCGCGGUCGCGCUGUCGUGUAGGGUCAGGGCAGGGUCAAGGACCCCGCGUGUGCUGAUGCAGGCCGCGCCUUUGUAUCAGAGACUGCUUCCGUUGGAGCAGAGCAGAAUGCACUACGCAUGGAACAUGGCCUUUCAUUCAUCGCGUCCCGGCCCAGGGAACGGCGCCACGAGGGCGCCCAUGUAGCCCAUGCGCUCAAUGUGAUCCAUUCGUGGCGUUA